UGCGCCCGCACUAUCAUACUCCAAUUUCACGAGCCUCGCAGACGCCCGCGAGUUCGUAUAAAAGCAGCGGCCGUCGAUCUCAAUAAUCAUUCCCGCCACACACAUCCAACGCAGAUCAUCACCUGCACUCACAUCCACAUUUUAUAAAAAAACAAAAAUGAAAUCGUUCGUAGUUCUGUCCCUGCUCGUGGCCGCCGCGUGCGCCGCCCCACAAUACAAUCAGUACCAGCAACAGCAGUACCAAGGCCAAGAAAUUCCCAUCAUCAAGCAAACCCAAGAGGUCAACUUCGAUGGCUCAUACCAAUACAGCUACGAGACUGGUAAUGGUAUCGCAGCCCAGGAACAGGGAUACCUGAAGAACGCUGGAGUUAAGGACGCUGAGGCUCAGGUUGCCCAGGGCUCCUUCACCUACACCUCCCCCGAGGGCAUCCCUAUCUCCGUCUCCUACAUCGCUGACGAGAACGGAUUCCAGCCCCAGGGUGCUCACCUCCCCACCCCUCCCCCAAUCCCAGAGGCCAUCGCCCGCGCUCUCCAGUACAUCGAAUCCCAGCCUAAGCAGCAACAGCAGGUCUACCAGCCCCAGGGCUUCCAGCAACAAGGCUUCCGCGGUUAAACAAACCUCCUUGAAGAUCAUACCGAACGAUACUCAUCCCACGAAUGUACCUAUCAUCAUAUAGUUAAGAUGUACACGUAGUAUAAGUAUCUAUAACAAUUGUUACUGUGAUUUAUUAUAUUUGUAAGAAGAUUUAAGAAUGAUUAAGUAAAAAGUACAUUUUGUAA